GCCUUGCGGAAUGUGUGGAGCCGAGGGAUCUAGGAGUGCGGGGUUUAGGAGCCGUUGCUGUGGACGGAGAGAUGGGGACGUGAGCGGCCUUGAGGGCAGCCAGGGUGGAGGUGAGCCCCCUCCGCUCAUUGGGCGGGCUGAUCUUCGAGGGGCUGAGCUUCGAUGGAGGACCACAUGACGGGGCACAACAAGGAGAAGCGUUAUGAGUGCGACGUGUGUGGCAAGGCCUGGCGGAGCCCGAGUGAGCUGGAGACCCACCGGCGGGUGCACAUGGGAGAACGCCCCUUUGACUGCGGCAAGUGCUUUCUGACGGCGAUGGUCCUGAAGAGACACCGGCGGAUGCACACGGGCGAGAGGCCUUAUGGCUGCUCCACCUGCAGAAGUGCUUUACCCAGCUGUCGGGGUUGUGAAGACACGGGCGGUGCACAGCAAUGAGCGGCCCUUCACCUGCCCCGACUGUGGCAAAGGCUUCAAGUCGUCCACGGAACUGAAGGUGCACAGGAGCGUGCACACUGGGCAGCGGCCCUGCACAUGUGCCCAGUGCGGCAAGGGCUUCACCCAGUCCAGCUACCUGCUGGAUCACCAGCGCACCAACACCUGCGAGCGCCCCUACACUUGCUCCCAGUGCGGCAAGGGCUUUACCCGCUCUGACUGCCUGUUGAUGCACCAGCGCACCCAUAACCGCGUGCACCCCUACACCUGUACCCAGUGCGGCAAGGGCUUCACCCAGCCCAGCGGCCUGCUGGUGCACCAGUGCACCCACAGUGAGCGCCCCUACACCCAACACCGGCUGGAGCGCACCCACACCGGUGAGCGCCCCUACACCUGUGCCCUGUGCGGCAAGAGCUUCACCCAAUCCAGCCACCUGCUGGUUCACCAGCGCAGCAUCCACAACGGCGAGCGCCCCUACACCUGUGCCCAGUGCGGGAAGGACUUCACCCAGUUGAGCGGCCUGCUGAAACACCAGCGCACCCACACCAGCGAGCGCCCCGACACCUGCACCCAAUGCGGCAAGGGCUUCACCCGCUCUGACUGCCUGCUGAAACACCAGCGCACCCACACCAGCGAGCGCCCCUACACCUGCGCCCAGUGCGGCAAGGGCUUCACCCAGUCUAGUCACCUGCUGGUGCACCAGCGCACCCAUACCCACGUGCGCCCCUACACCUGUGCCCAAUGUAGCAAGGGCUUCACCCGUUCCUCCAACCUGCUGUCCCACAAGCGGGUGCACGCCGGCAACUGUCCCGUCUCCAGCCCGGUGUGUGGAGAGCACUUUGCCAUGGUCUCCCACGCCCUGUCUCACCAGCACGUGCGCACCAGUGGCCGCCUCCAACGGGAUCCCACCGCUGGCCACAUCUUCCCAUCUCCUCCCCUUUCGGCUUUCCGCAGAGACCGCUCCCUCCGUAACUCCCUGGUCAACUCGAGCUCCGUCAUCGAAGACAUUGGAGGAGCUGUGAUUAAUCAAAAUAAUGGAAUUAUCAAGGGUUGUCUGUUUUCCGCCACCAAAAGCUGCACUUGGGAGUGUCACCACCCCACUCUGCUAAAAGGCAGACCACAUGAUGGAGACGAGGCGCUCCGAUCAGCGGGUUGCUGUCAGGCCACGUGCCGGAUCUACCCGCACCCUACACAGAGGGAGGGAGACCCGGCUGCGAUCCUCGGCUUGCCCUGA